AUGGCUUCAGAUCAAGAGGAAGACGAUUUCCUCGGUUUUUCUGAUGAUGAAGGCGACGGCAUUAACUCCGAUUCUGACUCGGAGAAAGGUGAUGAUGCUGCUGACUUGGUACAAGCUUCUGAAAGUACUGCUGCUGAUUUUGGGGACAUUGGGUUUAAUGAAGAUGUACCAAACAGCACUGAAUAUGUACAGCAAGUACCAGAAGUAGAAGGGGAAGGGCAGCAGCAAACUACCAACUUUCAAGAGUUGCCGGAGCACAUUGUUCACCACAUUCUAUCAUUUGUUCCGAUUAAAGAUGCAGGUCGAACUUGCAUUUUAACCAAAGACUGGGAAACAUUAUGCAUUUCCUACAACAUUUGUCCAUCUUUGCAUUACGAUCACAAUUCCUUUGCAUCACUAUUACUACUUUCUGCCAAAACUGGGCAAGAGCCUGAACUUUGUGAAAUUAGGGACAAAUUCAUGGAUUUUGCAGAAAAUCACUUGUUAACGAUACAACACAACUCACAACCCGUGCUUAAAUUAACAUUGGAUGUUGUUGUUGUAUCUGACGAUGAAUUUUCAAGUGUUGAUCGGUUAAUUGAUUUGGUUGGAAAAAUUAAGGCCGAGGAAUUGUAUGUUUCUGUGCAAACAAAAGACUCUCAUUGGUAUGAUGAUAUUUUUGAUGCAGUAGCACCAGGGGGUGUAUGUUACGAGUUCCCUUACACAACUGUACUUGCUUCUAAUAACAAGUUACAAUCUCUUUCUAUCGAAUGGUGCAAGUUAAUCAACAACAACAAUGUGGGUAUGUUUUCUUCUUUGCAACAUUUGAAGCUGUUACAAGUUAUAGUGGAUGAUGAAGCAUUAAGUAACUUAUCAAGUUGUUGCCCAGAAAUUCAAGUUAUACACUUUGAGUAUUGCGCUUUUUUGUUUGAAUCCCUUAAACUCUCGAUAUUUCCUAACCUAAAGAGGGCUACUAUCGAAGGUACAGAUUAUAGCUUACUCGAUAAUCCAUUGAAAAACCUUCCUAGUUUUGAUUUUCGAAAUAUUGGUUCGAAGUUGGUGAUCACCCCAUCUGCUUGUAGUAAUAUCAGAGAUCUCAAGCUUAGUUGCUCUGUUAACGAGCCUAAUCUGUUUGAAGAUCUUACAAUGGCGUUUCCAUUGAUUGAGAAAGUGGAUCUUAAAGAUGUCCAAGGUGUUAAUAGGAUUCAAGCAGCUAAUAUUCAUCUCAAGAGUUUAAGUUUACUUUCCAAUUAUUCACUUAAAACGAUUUACGUUGAUUGUCCAAAUUUGUGUGAUUUUGACUUUAUUGGUAAUGGGGUGGAAGAGGUCGAUUACGUUCAAGAUGAAUGUGAAGCAAGACAUAUUUCCCAACGUAGGCUUCACCUAGAAGUGCCUAUACUCUGUAGACUUGACAAGGAAAUUUCAACAGCUUUUAUAGAUAGCUUGAUUUGGAAUACCUGUCCGACUAUCUUAAGCACAUAUGGGUAUUGUUAUGCUUUGAUUAAGUACUUGUGUGAAAAACUAGCCGAUAAGAAAUCGGGAGAUGAAGAAUGCUGUUGUAAGGGGAAUUUAUGCAAGAAAUAUUGGUGGCAUAACAUUAAAGAUUUUGAAAUAAAGCACGAAUAUAUGGACAUGAAGAAGAAGUUGACAUCUUUGCCGGAGCUGUGUAAGGACUUCCAACAACAAAGACAGGGGUCUUAUAUUAAAUUCAAGUGGUGCUCAUUUUGA